CUUCGACUGGCCCGCCCCCUGUGACGACGCCGGAAGCCCGCCCCGUUCAUAGGACGCCGCGGCCGUCACUAGGCAGCACGGGGUUGCUGUGGUUACUACGGCCUCGGUUCGAGAGUGUUAGAAACGGCCGGAGGGAAGGCUUCGGCAGGACAAUGACGCUCCUCUGUCUGUGCCAGAUUUGCACAUGCGGGCUCCAUCGCUGUCCUCGGAGGCCUACAAGGAUUUAUGAAGAACUAGAUUUGAGUUGCCCCACCACUGAGUAUUCAGAAAAAUAUACCAGCUUUGAAAAUGUUAUUCCUUCACAAAAUAUUAAAUCUAUCAAGCAUAAACACCAAGCAAAUGGAGGCAAAAUGUCCGAACGUCUUCCCUGUGACACAUUUCAAGAAAUGGUUCAUGCACCAGAAGAAUACAGGCCAAAAAUGGUGGACACUGAUAUGACAACCACCUAUAAGGAGAAUUUUAAUGUUUACCCAUUACAACCUGCUGAAACAAUGAGGCCUCUGGACAGACAUCUUAUUAAAAAAGAAAAGCUGGAUACUCUUCCUACCUAUAAAGAUGAUUUCAGACCUUGGAAUACUGAGAAAAGUGAACUUGGUAAACAUCUGCCUACUGAGAAAUCUACAUUUCAGGAUGACUUAAGUCCUCAAAAGCUAUGUCCUAGGUCAAACUUUAAACCUUUGAACCUACUCUCCCAUUCUGUUAUUCCCUUUAAUGCUAUUACAAGCCAUCGCUCAUCAUAUGUGCCUCACCAGCUAGAACCCAAAUUUAUAAGACCAAAAGAAGUUUACAGGCCAAACAAUGAACCCUUUGAUGAUUUAACAACCCACCGCCAUGCCUACAAAGGCCUUUUUGGAGAACCUGCAAAGAUUUGUAGACCUACAGUCACCAAGGUGGCAAAAAACGCUCCAUUUAGGGAAAACACAGAAUUCCAGGAUAAUUUUCAGUCAUGGGAAAUUCCAUUGCCCAAGGUUCGAAAGUUAAUGGAGGAUGUCCCCUCAACAGGUCACAUGGAGCCAAGUAGCAAAAUCAAGCAAGAUCAUAUUUCAACUCAUAUGACCACAGGGGCUCCCAAAAAGCAAGUUUAUUCACAUAUCACUAAGUUUCCUUUUCAAGCAAGAAGCACUACGAAAGAUGAUUUCAAACUAUGGGACAAACCAUGUCGGCUAGGAAUGAUUAAGCCCAACAAUCAGAUUCCCAAGCCAUCUGGGAAGUUUGAAGGCUUGACCACUUUUAGGUCACAUUAUAUACCACAUGAGUUAAUUCCAACACUGAGUUUCAAACCUGUCCCCAUUGUCUGUCACAGCUCUGAACCAUUUGAUGAUACAACAAUGUACUCUACACAGUAUACAGCAAAGAUACAGGAGACGUGCCCAGCUAGCUAUACUUCCCCUCCAGGAUAUACAUUUGAAAAUACCAAUUCCCAUGGUCACAAAUUAUUCCGCAAGGAUAUUCCUUCUGGGAAGGACUUUUCCCCAUUAAUUGACAAGGUUUCCCAAUAAAUGGAUUUUAUGAGAUGCUAGAUUUCCUAGGCUGAUAGACCUAUGAGAAUCAAAACAUUUUAAUUAAUUGAUAAAGAGAAAAAUCUUCCUGGAAGAUUGAUCUUAUGAAGGAUUCACAGUAAAAUGUUUGAACUGGAUUUUUUUUUAACCUAAGGAAAUUUGAAGAUCUAUCAAGAGGGAUCAAUAUAUCUGCUUAUAGAAUCAGGUCUAUGAUUGAACUAGUAUGGAUAUUCCUUCCACCAAAGGUAAUCAUAACACCUUCAUGCCACAGGAGACAGUUCUUCCUAAGUUGCUAUGGUAAAAAAAAUCAUCAGUUACCACCCCUCUGUUAAUAAGCAUUUUUGAACUUAGCCAGGCUGAUCCCUUAGAAGUCAGGCAGGUCAUUGACAAGAUUGUACCCACAGCCUUUCUAGCUGGGUGACACCAGCCACAGCUUGUGUUCCACUAGCAUAGCCUCCAAGAGCCCCAGGAUCACCUCCUUGACAUCAGGAGGCAUUAAGAGUAGGGUGCGGAAAGAGCCUCAUGCAAUUAACAUUGAUAUUUUAGACCAUUUUUCUUGACAAUGCACUUAUAACCAUUUUACUUUGUAUAUUCCCAACGUAACUUAUUAUUCCUAACAUGCAGUUUGACAACUGGUCCUCGUUCUGUGAUCCUAUAUAAUGAUGACAUUUUUAUGUGCAAAUGAUGUAGUCAGGUGUCCAGCUGUUCAGUCAUUAAUGUCAAUCUGCUUAUGAAAUAUAGUCAUUCAGCACACAGUAAAUUAAACUCAGAUCAAAUUUGGCAUAUAAAGUAUGAUUCUUAAUAUAAAUUAUGCUUUUGGAGACUCAGGUAGUUCAUGGUCAUUCAUAUGCUUAUGCUAAUUUAUUAAGUAUUUUUAGAUUUUUUUCCAAUAUAGGCAUAUUCCACAUAAUGUUGCCCCAACCAAGAUCAUGUUGUAAUAAUGAUAACUUACAUUUUAUAUAUAGCACAGGCUUAAUAAAUACUUAUCAAAUGACUAAAUAUAGUGUUUUAUAAUGUACAAAAUGCUUUAUAACAAUUCUGUUAAUUAUAUAGUAUGACUAUUAUUAUUAUUAUUAUUACUUCCAUUUUACAGAUGAGGAAACCAAGGUGUAGAGAGGUUAACCACUUACCUGGUCAUAGCUACUGCAUUCUCUCACCUUCGUACCUUUGCUCAGGCUAUUUCUUAGGCCUGAAAUGACCUCCUUUCCCAUGUUUGCCUUUUGAACUAACUACCCCUGCAUACUCCCACAAAAUGCUACAUCAUCCAAGAAGUUUACACUGAUUGAACAGAUUUGGCAAUAACCUUCCCCCUUCAAUGUUGCCAUAAUACUGUUGUGUAAUUGUCUCAUGCAUUACAGGCCAUCGGGGUUUAAGCCCUUAUCUUCCUACUAGACUGUAAUUUCCAUAGGCUUAAGGAUUAUCUUUUAUCUAUACUUUUUGUCUCCCUUGGCAUCUAGCACAAUACCCUGCACUCAAUAGGUGCUAAAUAAACAUUCCUUUUAUUGAAUGUUGGAGCCAGAGGAAUAAACCUAAGCCUGCUGACUCCAAAACUGGUGCUCUUACCAUCCUCUUGCCUCUCACAUUGACAGUAUAACCACAUCCCACCUCCCAAAUAUCUGAUCUGUGCCAAAAUUAACCCAACCUUAGCCUCUGCCUUGGAUGGUCCCUGCUAGCCUUUCUUUGCCCAGGAGCCUCAGCUUAAUCCACUCCAGCAGCUGAGACUCCACUCAGCUCCCUUUCUAUGGAACUAACUCUCCCCGGUUUUUUUUGGUUUUGUUCUUAAGGGAAAAGAGUGAAUAAGGGACAUUAAGACAUAGUGUAUCUGAAUACCAAAGAAAUCUUGAAUACAGCUUCUGAAAUGCUGUAGUAUUCAUUUUUACCAGAGCGCCAUAUAAUUUGUCUUUCCAGAGUAAUUAAUGAAAGGUAACAUAACCUAAGGCAGAGAAUCUGUGGAGGCCACAUGAGAAGUGCUUAAUUAACAAUUCACUUUCUUCACUAGGGCAAGACAAAGUAGGGCAUAAUGGACAAACAUCGGAUCUAGUCCCACAUUUAAUGCAUUGGAGUGCAUAAUGCAUAUAACUCUAGACAAGUUAUUUAACAUAUUGGAGUCUUUUUUUCCUUAUCUAUAAAACAAAGAUACUAUUAUCAGCCCUGACUACCUCACCAGGUUGUUUUAAGGAUCAAGUGAGGAAAUGGAUAGGAAAUCAUACAAUUUAUGUUUCAAAGCUCUCUCCACCAUAGUAGAUCACAGCCCGUCUAAACCAGAGUACGCAGUCUUCAGGAGCAGCAAAGGGUAAACAAAUGUCUUAACUGGUGGUUAGCCUAUUGGUGGUCAGCCUUCCCUAGGUUACUUAAUCUGACUUCUAGAUGACAAGCAUAUAGUACAUUGAGAGGCCCAUACAUUUUGGUAUGACCUAUCAGUGUGUGUUUUGCUUCACAGACUUUGAGAAUUCAGAAGUUCAAGUUAAUUCAAUAAACAUUCAGUAGGUGCCUGCUAUGCAUCAAGUACUGUGCUAAAAGCUGGGGGAUACAACAAGAGGCUAAAGACAGUCCUUGCCUUCUAGAAGCUUACAGUCUAACGGUUCUCAUCUACUCCAUGAUGAAACUUUGGAGCACCUCUAUGGAGGAUAAAAUUGUAAGGCAUUAAAUUACACUCUCUCUAUUCCACAGUCAUGCAAGUUCAAUUUAACAGGUGCUAAAUAAGCACUCCCUACAUAAUGAAUUCACAGGUCCAAACUUUACUGAGAUAUGUUAAUGAAUUGUGUGCUAGGCAAUGGGGAUACAAAGAUAGAUUUUAAGUAUACCUUGCUUUCAAGCUGCUUGCAAUCUCAUAAGAGAAAAUCACAAUUAUCUGUGUGAUUUUGGAUAAUACAUUUAAUCUCCCUGGGCACUGGAUGUUAGAUCAUAGGUCUAUAGAGACAGAAGGGAUGUCUAAAUGGCUCAGUGGAUACAGUACCCCACCUGGAGUCAGGAAGUUAAGUCUUCUGAAUUCAAAUCCUGCC